CCCUGCGGCUCGGCCAAGAUGGCGGCGCCGCUGUCCCCGUUGCUGCCGCUGCUGCUGCUGCUAUCGUCUCUCGGCCGCCCGGCGCUUGCCUCCGCGCAGGCCACGGAGGGCGCGGCGGCUGCGCCACAUCGUCGCUUCGAGUACAAGUACAGCUUCAAGGGGCCGCACUUGGUGCAGGCGGACGGGACGGUGCCGUUCUGGGUGCACACGGGGAAUGCCAUCCCAAGUGCAGAUCAGAUCCGUAUAACAACCUCCUUGAAGAGCCAGAAAGGGUCAGUGUGGACAAAAAACAAAUCAAUAUUCGAAUACUGGGAAGUGGAAGUGACCUUUCGGGUUACGGGAAGAGGCCGCAUCGGAGCCGAUGGAUUGGCAAUCUGGUUUACAGAAGAGCAAGGCUUGGAAGGUCCCGUUUUUGGGGCAGCUGAUAAAUGGAACGGUGUUGGAAUUUUCUUUGAUUCCUUUGACAAUGAUGGAAAGAAAAACAAUCCUGGAGUGAUUGUUGUAGGCAAUAAUGGAAAGUUCCUGUAUGACCAUCAGAAUGAUGGAUCCACGCAAGCGCUGGCGUCCUGUCAGAGGGACUUUAGGAACAAGCCCUAUCCCGUGCGAGUCAGGAUAACGCACUACCAAAAAACACUGACCGUAUUAAUUAAUAAUGGCUUUACUCCGGAUAAAGAGGACUAUGAAUUUUGUGCCAAAGUAGAUGAUAUGGUGUUGCCAUCACAAGGGUACUUUGGAGUAUCUGCAGCCACGGGGGGACUUGCAGAUGACCACGAUGUGCUGUCAUUUUUGACCUUCCAGCUGACUGAGCCUGGGAAGGAAGUGCCAACACCAGAUGCAGAAAUCCCUCAGAAAGAUAAAGAGAAGUAUCAAGAAGAGUUUGAACACUUUCAACAAGAGCUGGAUAAGAAAAAGGAAGAAUUUCAAAGGGAACAUCCUGAUGUGCAAGGACAGGCAGCAGCAGAUGAUGUUUUUGAGACUCUGAGUGAUCGUGAACUGAGGCAAAUCUUCGAGGGGCAGAAUCGAAUUCAUCUGGAAAUCAAACAGCUUAACAAGCAAYUGGACAUGGUUCUGGAUGAGCAGAGGAGAUACGUCUCUGCAGUCACAGAGGAGAUGGCUAAAAGAGGAGCUGGGUUUCCAGGCCAGCAGGGACAGGUUUCCCAGCAAGAGAUAGAGACAAUAGUGAAAACUCAAGAUGAGGUCAUUAGACAAGUAAAGGAAAUAAGGAGUUCUGUGACCGAUGCUCUGAGAUCCAUCAGUGGAGCUCAGCAUCCUGGCUCUGCAGGAGUCUAUGAAACAACUCAGCACUUCAAUGACAUCAAAGAACACCUUCAUGUUGUAAAGAGGGACAUAGAGCAUUUAGUGCAACGAAACACGCCAUCUAGUGAGAAACCAAAGUGUCCAGAGUUGCCACAGUUUCCAUCGUGCUUGUCUACGAUGCAUUUCUUCGUAUUUGUGGCAGUUCAAAGUAUACUAUUCAUUGGUUAUGUCAUGUAUAGGAGCCAACAAGAAGCAGCAGCCAAAAAGUUCUUUUGAUGACCCGUUCCUUUCGUGUGUACAUAACAGCAAUAUGUAUGCACAGAAAAUUCUACACUUCUGUAAAUGAGGGAAAUUUUAAUGUUGGAUAUAUUUCAAUAUUAUAAAUUAUUGAAUUUUGUUAAAUAAAAUGAAUUCUCAUUUCAAUUGUUGAUGCAAAAAAUAGACUGGGAGGAGUGGAGCAAAUGCUGGAUGGGGGAAGACUGUGCACCCUAUCUAUGUCUGUGUUUUCAGCCAAUUUUUUCAUAAAUAGGGCAAAUGCCCCAUUUUCUCUCCUUUUGCUAAGAUUGCGGAGGAGGAGCUGAAACACCCAGGCCUUGUGCUUCUUCACAGUGUGAAUGGCAGGUGGAUGAUUUGUGCAGAAAACUUGCUACCGAGUGUCCUGACAUACCACAUAAAAAGAGAAGGCAAAAAAAUCCCAAACCCCAAAGAUCUGUUCUUCCGUGGGAUUUGUUUUUUUAGCGGGUAAAAAUUUAUUAUUAACGUUUUAUUUGGUUAGCACUUGGAUUUAACAGUUAUAAGACCAUUUCAGUUAAUUCAAAGUCUUUCUGAAACAGGCAUUUCAACACUUUUUAAUAUGUGGACACAAAGACAGGCCUUUAAGACCCUGACUGUUGAUACCGGCUGUAAAAAAAAAAAAACAGUUUUACAGAGCAUGCAAAGAAAGGCUUUUCUCCUUAC